UGUAUUAUGAAAUUUAUACUGUGAAACAUGUAUUAAUUAUCACCAUUCAUAAGUGAUUAUGAAUAACAAGUAUUUCAUCAAGAUGUUUUGAAACUGAAAUUUUACAAUAGGCAUUAAAAUGUGAAAUUAUUGUAAUAUGCUUGUACGUGUAUUUUUUAAACCCUCAAGCAGCAAAUACUGAUGCAGUUUUUAUCAAGGAAAAGGAUAGAGUAUUCAUUUUUAUUUUUAUAUGGCAGUGGGGUGGUGGUGCAAUGGAUAAUGCACUCAUCUUUCACCAAAGUAGCCAUGUGUUUGAUUCUUCAAUCAGUCAUCAAAAAGUAUUUGGUGCACCUUCCCCACCAUUUGGGUGUUCUGUUAAUUUCCUCUCACAUUAAGACCAUCUGCAUGCUUCCAACAGGGCCAACACGAGUGGUUAAUAUAAUUACAAUUGUUGUAAAAUAACAUAUCAUAAGACCAGAUUAUUUAUAUGGUUGAUACAUUUUACUUUAUUGAUUCUGCAUCCUGAUUCCAAGCAUAACAAUAAACAGCAAAUAAACACAAAAUAAAAUAUCUAUGUACAAUUCCUGCAGCCUCACUCACUUUUCAUAAGCAUAUGGGAGAAAAAUGGUCUUUAAAAUCCUCUUUUACUCGAACAGGUAUUCUGUUGUGCUCAAUCAUCGUAUAAAAAUUUGUUUUAGAUUCACAAUGUUAAAAGCAGCCAGAUAUAAAAAGGACGCAAGGCGCUAUACGCAAGAAAACCUCCACCGUGCAGUUUCCUUGGUAAAGAGCAAAAGGUUGACAGUUUCCAAGGCUGCCAGAGAAUAUCUUAUUCCAAGAAAAACCUUAGACGACCAUGUGAAAUCAGACAUAAAGUCAAAACCAGGCCCAGCAACUAUGCUGUCCGAGUCAGAGGAGUUAGCCCUGAAAAAUUAUGUAAUCUACAUGGCAAAGCAAGGUUUUCCUAUGAAUCGUAGUAUGAUAAGGCAGUUUGUCAUUUCUAUAUGCAAAAAUGAUGAAAGGGUCACUUUAUUCAACUUGGAAAAAGGUCCUAGUGAUAAAUGGUUCAGAUCCUUUCUUUCAAGACAUAAGGAACUGUCAGAAAAGGAACCAGAGAUGCAGGACAGGGGGAGAACUCGAAUGGCCAAUCAGAGAGUAAUGAAUCAGUAUUUUGACAUCCUCUCAACCACCAUAAGAAGACUAGGUUUAGAAAAUAAGCCAGAGUCCAUAUUCAACUGCGACGAAACAGGGUGGUCAGGAAAAGAGAAAGACAGGAGAAAGGUUUUCGGUUUGAAAGGUCAACAUUGCUAUCAGCAGAAAAUGUUGUCAACAGGGCAUAUAACAGCCCAUCUUUGUAUUGCAGCAGACGGGAGGGUACUUCCAUCUUUCCUCAUUUUUGAAAAAUCCCUCCCUCAUACUGCAUACAAAGAUGGUGUUCCACCAAAUUGGCUGUACGGAUUUUCAGAGUCCGGCUACAUGGAUACCAAUCUUUUUCAAGCCUGGCUGAGAGAAAUUUUUAUUCCAAACUGUGGUCAACAUCGCCCAGUCCUAUUAAUUAUGGACAACCAUGACUCACACAUCAACAUUGAAGUUGUAAAACUGGCGCGUGAAAAUGGAAUUGAGUUGGUAGGUUUACCACCCCAUACCACUCACAUCUUGCAGCCCCUUGAUGUUAGCAUCAAUGGUCCACUGAAAAGUAGGUUCAACACACUUGCCAAGAACCUUGGGUUUAUAAACAAAAGUCAGGUAUUAAGCAAAGCCAAAUUUCCUGUUGUGCUUUCGAAAGCCAUUGACCAGUUUUGUUCUCCAGGGAAUGUGAAAGGAGCAUUUAGGAAGACUGGAAUCUUUCCUUUGAAUCCAGAUGCAAUUGAUAAAACUCAAUUAACACCUACACACAGCACCACUGUUGCAUCCUCAGCCUCUGUUGCUUCCUCAGCUUCAGCCUCAGCCUCUGUUGCAUCCUCAGCUUCAGCCUCAGCCUCUGUUGCAUCCUCAGCUUCAGCCUCAGCCUCUGUUGCAUCCUCAGCUUCAGCCUCAGCCUCUGUUGCAUCCUCAGCUUCAGCCUCAGCCUCUGUUGCAUCCUCAGCUUCAGCCUCAGCCUCUGUUGCAUCCUCAGCUUCAGCCUCAGCCUCUGUUGCAUCCUCAGCUUCAGCCUCAGCCUCUGUUGCAUCCUCAGCUUCAGCCUCAGCCUCUGUUGCAUCCUCAGCUUCAGCCUUUGUUGCAUCCACAGCUUCAUCUUUAGUACAUCCCUCUUAUGGAACAUUGUCAUCUUCAUCAGCAAUACCUUCAUCUUCAUCGGCAAAAUCUCCUGUUUUAUCAUCACAACCAUCUUCAUUGGCACAUCCAACGUCUUCUCCAGCGCAGCCCUCUUCAUCAGCACAACCGUCAUCAUCAAUCUGUACUACAUGUGGCACUUUCCUAGGUGGAAAUCCACUUGUAACAGAGGGUCUAAUACCUCACCAUCUUGCUAACAUCUUCCAGGCCGUACCAGCGAAGCCCUAUAUAGCAAGAAGAAAACUUGUUACUGAGGCCAGGGUAAUUACCAGUGACAGUUUUUUACAAAAACUUGAGGAAAAGAUGACUGAAGAAAAUACAAAGAAAGAACAAAUUGUUCAAAGAAAACGAGAGAGAGAGGAGAAACAGCUUGCUAAAAAGAAUGAUCAACAGAAAAAAAGAAAGAGAAGUAACGCAAAGAAAGUUUAUUUGUGUAAAGUAUGCAACUUAAGUGAUCCUAUCAACAAUGAUGGCGACACCACUUGGGUCCAAUGCUCUUCAUGCGACUUAUGGUACCAUCCGGGGUGUGUUAGUCUCACAAAUGAGGAACUGGAAAAUGAUGAGCUUAAUUUUGUAUGUACCACAUGUUUGGAAGCUGGUGAAGAGUAAAACAACUGUGUCAAUCUAUUUGUCCAAGACUCUAUCUUCUUGUUCCUUUCUAAAUACAGUUAUUACCCAGAAGUUAUUGUUGAGUGUGAGAGUAUGUAUACAUGUGCACAAAAUCAUCAUUGAUUCACAAUACCAACUUAAAUCAUCUGAUUGCAACCAUAAUUGAAAUAUUAUUACUGUGAUGGGCAUAAUUUGUUUGGUAUGCUUUAUGCAGAUCAUUUAGAUAAUCCAUGAAAUAUUAAGGGUAAUUUGUUAGAGUCACUUUCAAGUUUAUUGAAAUUAAGAAAAUCUUGUAUUACAUUUUGCUGAAGUGAUGCAUCAUACUGCCAAUUAAAGAAAAAUGCAUGUAUUAAUUGUUAAUUAUAUAUAUCAUUAGUGAUAAUAAUUUUAAAAACAAUAUGUAGCAUUAUAUACUUGAUUUUUAUAGUAAUUAAGAGCGAGAAGGAGUUGCAUCUCCAACAAUUUAAACAACAUGUGUAUGUGAAGAAGAGGUGAUAGGGUGAGAGUGGACUAAAGUUUCUGUAUAUAUGUAGAACUCUUCCCACAACAAUGUAACUAGCAAGUUUGGUGUAUGCAUGUGUAUAUAUGAAUUCAUGCUACUUUCAAUUCUAUAUUAUUGAAUCAAUUCCAAAAAAUUGACUAACAAUUGUUGUACAAAAAUGUCAUAUGUUCACAGUAAAGAGCAUUUUUUCUAUCUCCUCCUAAUGGUGUAUAUAUCCUCAACUAUGUUUGACACUACCAAUAUUUGUAAACUUUCUUCAGUGUCAGCUGUUUAUGUUUAAAACAUAUGUUUUACAGAAAACUGUGACAAUCCAGAUUUAAUAAAUUAACAGCAGAAAUAUUUGCAAGUAACUGUUAAUUAUCAAGCAUUUGCUACUCUCAAUUCAAUUAAAAAUAUGUGUGAGGAAAUAUUUUGAAAAAAAAAAUGUUUUGAAAAUCAUCUGUCAUUGAUUAAGAAGUUCAUAAGUGCAGUCUUCUGGCUAAUUCAGUAACAAAAACACAUUAAACUACAUCAUAAACUGACACCAAAAGAGGAUUAAAGCAGGACGCCUGGAACCGGGAAGAAGCACGUGGCGUACUAAUCAAUGCAAGCACCUGUCAAAUAUAGACAAGUCUACAUAAGUCUACAUAAGAAAUAAAGACGUAUUGGAACUUUAACUUUUCAUUAAAAAUCAACGUAAGUAUUGAACUUAUCGACGUUUACGAAUACAUUAAACUGUCAAACCAGUAUUUUUUGUAAUAAAAUCAGUGAUAAUCUACCUGAAACUAAAAGACGAUCGUAGGCACAUCAUGCCAAAUGUCGUAGUGCACCCGGUCCUUUUUAUUCUCCGUUUUAUUUCGCUCUCCUGACAACAUUUCUCGAUGGAUAUUCAUGGAUUUUAUAUGUAAUGAAAGUAAAGGUCUUCCAUUGUCUAUCACAAUCGCAAAUUUAAACAUAAUCAUCGAACUCGAAGGUUUUGUCGGUCUUUGAAAAAUGUGGCGAGAACUGGUACUGCACCUACCGGAAACGGCUCUACUUAUCGUCGUUGCAAUAACCGCUCCCUCGGAGACGCCUGCGCAGAUAUUUUGUUUUUAUUUUUAGGAACUAAGAGCUCUUAGGUCAACCUUGAAAUAAUUGGGGAACAACAAGGGAUGGCUAGCGUAUUUUUGAAAACAACGGCGAAAUACGUCUAAAAUAUGGCGAGAAUUGGUCGGCAACCAGU